AUGUACCCUCGGCAACAAUUGAUAGCGGAAGACUGUGAUGACGACCCAGCUCCAAGACAAGACACCUCUAGAAGCCGUUUGCGACAGCGUUUCUAUGGCAGGGGCCUCUACGUUGCGAGAAGCAGACAUAGAUGUUGUGGGUUCGCAGCAAGCAUGAGCCAUCGAAUGACUUUGGGACACGCUGAACCGUUCUGCAUCAAGUAUCGAAACAAUGUUUGCCUCCAAAGAUCUUUGACAACCAUUAUGCAGUAG